AUGACUGAUAUCAGUUUGGAGGCUAUCCCCAAGUACUUGGAGCAAACACUAGUGCGUGAGCAUGCCAAACAAGCUGAAGGUUUAUUGAGAUCAAUUGAAACUCAACCUGGAUUCCCAACCAAUUUGCUUCAUGUUAUUGCUCUGACGAGUAUUAACGAUAGCAUCCGGUUGGCGGGGGCGCUUUUCUUCAAAAAUUUGAUAAAACGUAAAUGGAUGGACGAAGAUGGUAAUUACUUGUUGUCUCAAGACGACAUUUGCCAGAUCAAAUUAGAGAUCUUGGAUGUGAUGAUCAAAUUGCCUCAUUUGUUACAGGUCCAAAUAGGUGAAGCUAUUUCGUUGAUUGCAGAGAGUGAUUUCCCUCAUAAUUGGCCCAAUUUGAUCGAUGCUCUAGUGGCAAAAUUGAGCGUGGAUGACUUUGUCACUAAUAAAGGUUUACUCAUGGUGGCCCAUUCGAUCUUUAAGAAAUGGAGACCGUUAUUCAGAUCGGAUGAAUUGUUUUUGGAAAUCAAAUUGGUAUUGGAAAUCUUUGCUCAACCCUUCUUGACCAUCUUGGUCAAAACAGAUGAAUUGAUCCAAUUGAAUGCUGCCAAUCCUGCUAGUUUACUGAUAUAUUUGGAGAAUUUCUUGCUCUUGGUGCAAAUCUACUACGAUUUGAAUUGUCAAGAUAUCCCAGAAUUCUUUGAGGACAAUAUGCAAACAGGUAUGAAUAUCAUGAUGAAAUACUUGAGCUUUAAAAGCCCCAAUAUUACCAUUCCAAAUGAAGAUAGUGAAGUGGAUGUGAUAAUUAAAAUCAAAACUGCUAUUAUUGAAUUGGUUUCUUUAUAUCUGACAAGAUAUGCUGAUGUGUUUGAACCAAUGAUUGGAGAAUUUAUAACCACAAUUUGGGAUUUGAUCAAUACAUUUGUAACUAAACAACAGAAAUUCGAUCUUUUGGUGGUGAAAGCUCUUGGAUUCCUUGCAUUGGUUGCCAAGAUGCCCAAAUUCCAACCACUUUUUAGUGAAAAGUCUCGGAUUGAAGAGAUCAUCAAUCGGAUCAUUUUACCAAAUAUUUAUUUCCGAGAAUCAGAUGAAGAACAUUUUGAAGAUGAGCCCAUUGUGUUUGUAAGAAUGGAUUUAGAAGGUUCCGAAUUAGAUUCAAGAAGAAAAUCAGCUACCGAUUUCCUUAGGGAGUUAAGAGAAGUGGAUUCCAAACUAUUAUCAGAAAUUGUCUUGGAUGGAGUUAACAAAUUCCUUACCAGUUCCGAUUGGAGAGAUAAGGAUAUGGCCAUUUAUUUAUAUACUGCUUUAGCUGCUAAAGGUUCUGUGACUAAUGUUGGUGUCACUUCAACCAACGUUUUAGCAGAUGUGGUUGAUUUCUUUGGGAAGCAUAUCUAUAAUGAUUUGGUUGCUGAUUCACAUCCAGUUUUGAAGACUGAUGCAAUCAGAUAUAUUUUAACCUUCAGAAAUCAACUUACAAAGGAUCAAUUGGUUGAAACUUUACCUUUACUUAUUAAAAACUUACUGGAUUCUAAUGUCGUGGUUUAUACUUAUGCUGCAAUCACUAUUGAGAGAUUGCUAGCAAUGACCAACUUUGGAGGAGACCAUUCACCUGUUUUCACGAAGUCUGAUCUUCCAUUUGCUACUGAAUUAGUAGCCAAAUUAUUUAAUAUCAUUUUACAGGAUCAAACUCCUGAAAAAAUGGCUGAGAAUGAAUUCAUCAUGAAAUGUGUGAUGAGAGUAUUAUCUACAGCAGAAGAUACUGUUAUUAAUAGACCUACAAUUAUUAGUCAAUUGUUAGAGAUCUUGAAGUUGAUUUCCAAGAAUCCUUCCAACCCUCGGUUUUCACAUUACGCCUUUGAAUCUUUGGCACUUUUAAUCAAAUAUGCCCCUCCACAAGAAAGGGAAAAUUACAUUUCAUUAAUUUUGCCUCAAUUAUUAGAAAUUUUAUCUCAAGAUGUUCAGGAGUUUGUUCCUUAUUCAUUUCAAAUUCUUGCAUAUCUCUUGGAAACAUAUCCUAAGAAUCAACCUAUGCCGGAUUCAUAUAAGCAAUUGGUGAAACCUUUAAUGUCUCCAACAGUAUGGGAAUUCAGAGGGAACAUUCCUGGUGUAACCAGAUUACUAAUUGCCAUAUUGAAUCAAGAUUCUCUGGUUUUCACCUCUGAUAUUGAAGGGUCUUUGGUACCAUUAUUUGGAGUCUUCCAGAAAUUAGCAUCUUCUAAAGUCAACGACAUCUAUGGAUUUGAAUUAUUGGAGACAAUUUUAUUAACUAUCCCCCCGGAGACAUUGAGUAAUUAUCUUCAAACAGUUGCAAUUAUUCUUUUAACCAGAUUAAGCAGAUCUCGUACUGAUAAGUUUGUUAAGAAGUUGACGCUGUUUCUUCUUUCACUUUGUUGUAUUCCAAUGAAUCCUUCCAUUCAAUCGACCAUCAAUGCUGAUUUUGUUAUUGAUUUUAUUAAUUUGGCUGAGGCUAAUGUGUUUAAGAAUAUUUUCACAUCUUUUAUCUUACCAUCAGCAGAUGGGUUUCUUAAUUUACAAGAUAAGAAAUUGGCUCUUAUUGGGUUAUCACAAAUGGUGAAUCUGACUCAUUUUUCACUUGAUUUAAGUUCUUUAAUGGUACCAACUAUUGAACAAAUUGCAAAGAAUUUACUUACAUUACGAGGGAUUAGUAAAUCUCAUGCCAAAGUCGCUGAUACAGAAUUCAUGGCCCCAUUAAACGAAUUGGAUCUAGAAAGUGCUUCAUUUGGUUCCCAUUUUAGUAGAUUGGCAAGUAUUCCAGCACCGGUAUUUGACCCUUUGCCCAGCAUAAAGAAUGGGGAUGAAGAAGCGAUUCAAUUUCAAGUGAUCAAUGAGUUGAAAAAGCUAGCAAAUACCGGGGUCUUCAACCAGAUUAAUGCAGAAAGUCAAGAGAUUUUACACACCUACUUGAACAAAUAA